UGUGGGAGGACCCAUCCACGUAACACAAGGCGAACACGCUCGCUCGCAUUUGCUCUUCCUCCUUCAUUCGCGACGCAUCAGCAGUCAUGAAGCCGCCGCUCGGAAAUGUCCCCAGCCCGUAGACAGAGACUGUGGAGUCCCGAUAGGAGGAGACAACGGUGACAUUUCCUCUCGCCCGGACGCUUUUGGUGUCUGCUUUCUGUGUGGAAAGAUUAAAUAGUUCUCUCUCCUGCUCAAAACCGUCAUUGUCCACAACUAGAGGAUGAACAGCAUAAGGCAGGUGCCCACUCGGGUGAAAAGCCGGCGGGUUGAGGCCAACCUCGGAGCGGAGAGGGAGCAUUUCGACAAGCAGCAGCUGAGCAGCAUCAGCAAAGCCAUCAACUCCACGGAGUCACCUGUGAAGGAGAAACAUGCACGACGAAUCAUCCUGGGGACUCACAGGGAGAAGGGAGCCUACACCUUCUGGUCCUACGCUCUGGGCUUCCCUCUGGCCAGCAGCUCCAUCCUCAGCUGGAAGUUCUGCCACGUACUGCACAAAAUCCUGCGGGAUGGACACCGCAAUGUUCUACAAGACUGCAUGAGGCAUCACAGUUCUCUAGUUGAAAUCGGACAACUGUGGGGCAACCUUCAUGACAGAUAUGGACAGCUGGUGGCUGUGUACACCAAGCUGCUCUGCACAAAGAUGGAGUUUCAUAUUAAGCACUCGGAAAUCCCACCAAACCUGGAGGUGACAGAUGAAGUCCUGGAGCGCACUGCAGGAACAGACAUUAAUAAUGUGUUCCAGCUCACGGUUGAGGUGUUCGAUUACAUGGAUUCAGAGCUGAGGUUGGCCGAGACAGUGAUCCGACAGCUCAACACAUCCAUCGCCGUCUCCACCCUCACAUCAGGCCAGUGCCGGCUGGCUCCACUCAUCCAAGUUGUCCAGGACUGCAGUCACCUAUACCACUUCACCGUCAAGCUGCUGUUCAAGCUGCAUGCCUGUCUCCCUGCUGAUACCUUACAAGGACACCGUGAACGUUUCCAUGACCAGUUCCACAGCCUUAAGUCCUUCUUCAAUAAAGCCAGAGACAUGCUGUACUUCAAGAGACUGAUCCAGAUCCCCAAACUGCCUGAUUCCCCGCCUAACUUUUUGCACGCCGCCUCUCUGGCAAAGCAUGUGAAGCCAGUGGUGGUCAUACCUGAUGAGGACGAACCAGAGCAACAAGACGACGAUGACGACGAACCCGAGCCGCUCAUCGAGGUCAGCGACGUCUCAACGUCCAGCAUGCAGGCACAGCCACAGUUGGACAUAUUUGAUCAGGCGUUUGGACCUCCAAAUGGGGGCUUCGAUGACAGGGAUCUGCAGAUAGAGAGUCUGAAGCGGGACCUGGAGUUGUUGAGAGCAGAGCUGGAAAAAGUCAAAGCAGAGGCUCAACGUUAUAUCACUCAGUUGAAGUCCCAGAUCAACAGUUUGGAGGCAGAACUCGAGGAGCAGCGUGCACAGAAACAACGUGCCCUUGUGGAAAAUGAGCAACUGCGAAUGGAGCUGGAGGCUACGCGUCGCCGUAAUGCAGAACAUGAGAGCCUACAGAGCACCUUCAUCGAAGCAGAAAAAAGAUCACAAGCCACUGAGCAGCGGUACAAUAAGCUGAAGGAGAAGCACACAGAGCUGGUGGCCAGCCAUGCCGAACUACUUCGGAAGAGUGCAGACACUGUGAAGAUGCUGUCAGCAACCCAGCAGACCCAAGAAGAGGUGGAGAGGACCAAACAGCAGCUAUCAUUUGAGAUUGAUCGAAUAAAACAGGAAGCUGACAUGAGGCUGGAGGAGCAGAAGUUUGAAAUGGAGAAACUGAAGAGAGAGCUCGAGGAGAAGAUGGCAGACGUGGCGCGCAUGAAGGCCACCGUGCAGAGCAGCGAGAAGGCGUCGGAGCAAGUGAGCAGCUCAAUGACAGCUCUGCAGGCAGAGAAGGAGCGUCUGAUGCGAUCUGUGAGCGAGAAGGAGGCGGAGCUGUCGUCUCUGCGGCAGGCUGCGCAGGUGCAGCAGUCAUCACUUCAGCAGGAGCGAGAGAGGAACAGCAGGGAGCUGGGAGAGCUGCAGGGCAAACUGCAGGAGAAGGCAAGUCAGGAGGAGAAGCUGAGGCAGAAGCUUCUGGAGGAGCAGUUUGCUCUGCUGCAGGGCACCGUCGCAGAGGCUGAGAACAUCAUCCAAGAUGCUGUUGCUAAGUUAGACGACCCUCUCCAUGUACGCUGCACAAGUUCUCCAGAUUACCUCGUAAGCCGAGCCGAGGCCACUCUGGGCUCCAUAGAUAAAAUGAAAAGGGGCCAUGCAGAUUAUUUGCGUAACAUGGGUGAUGCUGGGGGCCUGCUGAGGGCUCUGACCCAGUUCUCCCACUUGGCUGCGGAUACAAUCAUCAACGGCAGCGCCACUGCACACAUGGCACCCACUGACCAUGCAGACAAACUGACAGAGAACUGCAGAGGCUGCGCCACUCAGAGUCUGCAGUUCUUCAAGGACCUGAAGUCCAAGACCACCCUCCAGAGGGCAGACCCGGCCUCCAUUCGCAUAGUCAUUCAAAAGAUCCUGCAUUUGGGCCAGGAGCUGCGGCCAAAAGGCAUGGACGUUCGUCAGGAAGAGCUGGGAGAUCUAGUCGAUAAGGAAAUGGCGGCAACAUCUGCAGCUAUUGAGGAAGCAGUCCGCAGGAUUGACGAAAUGAUGAAUCAGGCACGAAAGGACACGACGGGAAUAAAACUGGAGGUCAACGAAAGAAUCCUCUACAGUUGCACAGACCUGAUGAAGGCCAUCCGCUUGCUGAUCAUAGCCUCUACAGACUUACAAAAGGAGAUUGUCGAGAGUGGGAGGGGUGCAGCCACCAUUAAGGAGUUCUAUGCCAGGAACUCUCGCUGGACUGAGGGACUCAUCUCUGCUGCCAAGGCUGUCGGAUGGGGAGCCACAGAGAUGGUGGAGUCUGCUGAUAAGGUGGUGCUGCACACUGGCAAGUACGAAGAGUUGAUUGUCUGCUCCCACGAGAUCGCUGCUAGCACAGCACAGCUGGUGGCUGCUUCAAAGGUCAAAGCAGACCGCAGCAGUAAGAAGCUGCCGGUUCUCCAGCAGGCUUCUCGCCAUGUGAAUGAAAUGGCAGCUAAUGUGGUGGCUUCCACCAGGACAGGCCAGGAGAACCUGGAGGAGAAAGACACCAUGGACUUCUCUGGGAUGUCCCUCAUUAAGUUGAGAAAGGAAGAAAUGGAGUCACAGGUGAAGGUGCUGGAAUUAGAAACUCACUUGGAGAACGAGCGUCUGCGUUUGGGCGAGCUGAGGAAGAAGCACUACGAGCUGGCCGGAGUUCCUCUAGAGCAGGUUUCUGAGGGGAACGGUGACACCUCGUCGCUACCCCAUCGUGUCACCAUGUCACCAAAACCCUCCAAACCGGCUCUCAUGAAGAAACCUGCGUUGGCCCAGAAACCCUACAUACCACCCAAAACCACAUUUAAGUAAUGCCUGAGCAGAGGAGGAAAAAGGCUCCACUAAUGGAUGGUUGGGAUUGAACAGAGAAAGAUCACCUUUCUGUGAACAUGCUGUUCCUUUCAGUUGCAUGCUGACAAUCCUCCUCGUUUCUUUCUUCAUUUUUUGUUUUUCUUUUUUGCCAAAAUGGACCAGAAUCCCAACCCUUAAUGCCUGUAAGCGAAAUGCUAUCUUUGCCCUGUUUUUUUUUUUUUCUUUUUUAAAGAUAGAUGGGCGUGUCAUCCUGGCAGAACCCUUUUUAUUUUUUGAUUUUGGCAACAAGAACAAAAAAGGUUCAUAAUAUACUUUUAGGCUAUGUGAGUUUUUUUUCUGCAUCACAGAAAUCACGCUUUUACAAUACAAACCAUGAUGUCAAUAGUUAGUUUUAAUCAAUCUUUGGACAACCUUUAGGCACACUAUUGUGGGCUCUCAUUACAGAGCACAUCACAUUUUUCUUAAUAUACACUGUAUUCUAUUUAUGUUGUGGUGGGUGGGAAAGGAAACUGGGGAAUCACAUCAUGGUUGUCCUUGUUACUGCAAACGUUUUACAUACCUCUGGCUUUGCCUUCACGAUGGACAGUGUUCCUCUUACGUGCAAAACAGCUUUCUUUCUAAACGGUACAUGAUUGUCUCAGAGGCCUUGAAAUGUACUGUACUAAUGCGUUGAAUAAUACAUGUCUGUAUAGGAGUAUGCAACUAGUAUAAAGUAUAAUUUAUAUCUACACUCAUCUCUUGAAUGUCCCUUUAUUAGAGGAACACUUAUGACAUUGUGUUAAAGCAUAUGGAUAGGCUUAAAUUUAAUGCUUGUGCACAAAUACCGAAUGUAGGCAUUCUUAAUUACAAAUACAAAUGCUUCUUUUAGGCUAAAUAUGAAGAUUUAGGGUUAGUUUAUGUACAAUAUGAAGGUGUUCAAGUCCUCUAUGCCUCUGGGCGCUUUUCUUACAGGGUCUUAAAAUACAUCUUUUUAAGUUCUGUCUUUCCUCUGUAUGAAAUGUCUUUAUACACUCAGAUCUAUUAAUAUAUUUUAGUAAAGAUAAUGGUGGUCUCUCCUUGUAAGAAGUGUAAAUGUCAAAUGAACAAUAAAUGUUUGUUUUAAUGCA